AUGCCAUCACCAUCAUCAAAUCCCAACACGACAACAGCAACAACCAGUAGUAAUGAUAAGAAACGUCGAUCAUGGAAGGCACCUUCAUCCUCCAAUGGUGAUGAUGAAUUUAAAAUUAAAUUAGUUGGUUCCGAUAAUCAAAUCAUUGUACACAAUAGUAGUGGUACUGCUGCUGCUGCUGCUAAUACUAGUACGAGUUUGCAAAAUAGUAAUGAGGGAGAUGUACCCUCUUCAUCGAGUGCUCUAUUGAUGAGAAUGGGAAGAAAUUCAUCGGGUGGUGAUUUAAACAACGAAUGCUUGGAACAACAACAACAUGAAAGUGUAGCACAACCAAAUGAAGUGCUCAUUACAGUGAGUUCUCCAUCUCCAAAAUCACCAUUGACAGCCACUUCACCAUUUCCGAAUAAGUUAUUAUCAACUAGUCCUAAAUUAUCAACAAGUAGUGGAAUUGAAUCGAGAAUAACAAUGCCAAUUGAACAAAUUAAAACCAAAGUAAGUCUCUCCAAGAAAUACGAAACUGUGGAGAAGGCUGUUGAAGGAGGAGAAUCAAUAAUCAAAGUAAUGUUAAUGAAUGGAGAGAAAGUCGCAAGUGGAUUGUGUAAAAAAUUUGUAUUUGUGGAGGUGGCAUCUGGGUUGGAUUCUAAUAGAAAGGUCUAUAGUUCAUUAUCGGAAACGAGUGUAGAAUAUGAUAAUAUAAUUUGGAAUGAAGAAUUAUUCAUUUCAGUGACAGCCCAAGAAUCAAUAACUGUCAAUUUACGAACAAGUGAUGAUUCAAUUGAACAUAGUGGUAGGUAUUUGUGUGAAAUUUAA